AUGUCUUCGAGACCUGGUGUCUUUCAAGAGUGCGCUGUCGCGUUCGUUCCCAGCAAUGAGCUGACACCCAAAUUAAUUGGCGAGUUGUCUCGCGUUGUUGAAGACAAUGGCGGCACCGUCUGUGAUCCCCGGCGCAACGGCUCCAUUCCCAUCGAGAAAGUCACACAUAUUGUUUCCAACACCAUCAAUUUUGAGCAGUAUACCGAGUCACAGGCGAUCAUGAUUCCGGUAGUAUCAGAUCACUGGAUUUCGACCUCGGUUCUGCGGCGAAAAACGGUCCAAGUCAGACCGUUCUCUCCAGACCCCCGCAUGAUCUUUGCCGAAAUUGUCGUAACAUGUGCGGAUUUGCCACUUCUCGACAAAGAGAGCAUUCUGGGAGCCACUAUGGCACUUGGAGGACAAGAAUCAAAAGAUGCGACGAGAUUGACGACACACAUUUGUGCUUUGAGCAUGGAUGCAGAAAAGGUACAAUCGGCCCUGAGCAAUAAAUUCAAGGGCAAAAUUGUUUUACCGCACUGGUUCGAUGCCUGCUUCAAGCUAGGCAAAAGGAUAGACGAAGGGCCGUAUCUUCUCCCGGAUCCUGAAAUUUUGAAGAAGACGAGUGAGGACGACGUUGAUAUUCCCACAAACAAGAACCUAGUGGGAGCAACAUCCGUCAACCCUGAGUUUUUACCUAUUCCUGCGGGCAGCAAAACUUCAAGAGUUCCGGCUACGGUGUUCCAAGACAAAGCGGUCAUGUUGGCCGCGGAUCUGAACAUCACCGCACGCCUAACAAAAGCAAUUAGGGACAUUGUUCAGACGGGAGGGGGAAGAUUGGUGCAUACUGUUGAGAACUGUGACAUCUAUGUCUGCCAGUAUCGCGACGGAGAUGACUACGUCCAGGCAGCGCAGUCUUGCAAGGAAGUUGGCAGUCUAUCGUGGUUUUACUCGCUCAUUGUGAAUAACCAGUGGCAAAAUCCUCUCCACCGACUUUUGCACUAUCCUGUUCCCCGGAAUGGCAUCCCCGGUUUCAAGGACCUUCGCAUCACGAUUUCCAACUACGGUGGCGAAGCGCGCAUCUAUCUAGAGAAUCUUGUCAGAGCCUGCGGCGCCGAGUUUACAAAAACAAUGAAGUCAGACAACACCCAUUUGCUCACUGCGCGCGAUUCUAGUGAGAAAUGCAAAGCAGCUCCGGAAUGGGGGGUUGCCGUUAUCAAUCACCUAUGGAUUGAAGAGAGUUACGCCAAGUGCGAACUCAAGCCCAUCAAUAUCCCAAAAUACAACCACUUCCCCCCAAGAACGAAUCUAGGCGAGAUUAUCGGGCAGACGUUUUUAGACGAGUCGAGGAUCAAGGACUUGUUCUACCCAGGCGGCGAGGAGAAGAUGUCACUCAGCGCGAAGAGGAAGAGGAAGAUUCUGGAGGCGGCUGAGGAUAAUGCCUAUCAUAAGGGCCCUGCGGAAGGCCUUGUCGUUGGCCGGGUGAAGGAUUUUGAUGUGAGAAGGGAUGAUGAAGAGAAUCAAGAGCCGUCGUCCGGAAAUUCAAGGAAGGCUACAGCUGUGGAAACGCCUGUACGAUCUCGCCGUUUUGAAUCCGGCAAAGAGAACGACACGCCACCUGCCAUGUCAACUGGUGGUCGUAGCGCCAAAGCAAAGGCGAGAGAUAUGCUGCAGCACAUUGCACCCGACAUUGCUUUGUACGAGAAAGAGAAGAAGAGGCACAGCAAAGGUGGCGCGCCAUGGGGUGGAAAACGAGCCGCUGACAUGGCGGACAAGGAAAAGGACAGCAAGGCUAGCACCAGUCCGAAGCACACACACGAGGACGCGGAUGAGGAGGGCACUAAGAGGCCGUCUAAGAAGCAACGGCCGUCGUUGCCAGAUGUGCAGAUGAGGCUAGUGGUCACCGGCUACACUGACUGGGUAGGGGACAGCAAGAGGGAGGACCACGAUCGUAGAAAAAUGCGAGCCCUCGGAAUUCACGUUGUGCCGGAGGGCCAGUCUUGUGACUACCUGGUUGCUCCUCAUGUGGUUCGUACCGUCAAGUUUCUCUGCGCACUGGCUCGCGGAGCGGUUGUUCUCUCAUCGGAGUUCAUCGACAAGGUGCUCGAAACUGGAGAUGUGCCCAAUGUAGAUGAUUUCAUUCUGCAAGACAGGGAUGCGGAGAGCAGAUACAACUUCAAGCUCGAAAGGUCAAUGGCGCGAGCAAAGGCAAACAGGGGCAGGCUGCUCCAAGGAGUGCCUAUCUACUGCAUGGAAAAUGUUCGCAAUGGAUCGCAAGGCUAUCAAGCCAUUGCGGAAGCUAAUGGAGCCAUCUUUAAACUUUACCGCGCACGAAGCGGCACAACCAUCAAGCCAACAACCGCAGAAGAGGACGGCUACGCCAAACCCGAUCCAGUUUAUCUGAUUGCCAGCAAUGAUUCUGGCGACAAGCAAUUGUGGACACGGUUCAGGGCCAUGGCUGAGAAGGGUAAUAUGGAGCCCAGAAUUGUUGACCCGGACUGGCUGUUGGAUGUGGCCAUGGCACAGGAGGUUCGUUUUGAUGAACAGUUCUUGGCUGAGAAUUGUGAUGCAAACGGAAGCUUGUAA